GCCGCGACCCGGUUCGUCUAACCUGUGCGGUCGGCUUGGGCAUGGUGGACGCGAACCUGGGCAGGCAGAUGCAGGGCGCUGUGGCCGACCCCGCCCUCGGCCCGGUUACGCGGCAGGUCAGCGGCCGCGCCGCCCCAGCCGCAGUCCCGAGCGGCCCCGAGCGCGGGCAGCUCCUGGCCGCAGCGGUAGCCGAGCUGCCUGUGCUGGACGCCUCCGGGAGGCAGGUGCCGUUCGGCGCGCUGUUUCGGGAGCGUCGGGCUGUCGUAGUCUUCGUGCGGCAUUUCCUGUGUUACAUUUGCAAGGAAUACGUAGAAGAUCUGGCCAAAAUCCCCAAGAGUUUUUUACAAGAAGCAGAUGUCACCCUAAUAGUGAUUGGACAGUCAUCCUACCAUCAUAUCGAGCCUUUCUGCAAACUGACUGGGUAUUCUCAUGAAAUCUAUGUUGAUCCUGAGAGAGAAAUUUAUAAAAAAUUGGGAAUGAAAAGAGGUGAAGAAAUUGCCUCCUCAGGAAAGAGCCCCCAUAUAAAAUCAAAUAUACUCUCAGGAAGCAUUCGGAGCCUGUGGAGGGCAGUGACUGGCCCUCUUUUUGAUUUUCAAGGAGACCCUGCCCAGCAAGGUGGAACCCUCAUCUUAGGUCCAGGUAACAACAUCCAUUUUAUACACCGUGAUAAAAAUAGGUUGGAUCACAAACCCAUCAACUCUGUUUUACAGCUUGUAGGAGUUCAGCAUGUGGACUUUACAAGCAGACCUUCAGUUAUCCAUGUGUAAUGGCAUAGACUGUUGUCACUUUCAAAUGGACCCUUGGGGUAGGACCUGAAAUGUUCAGAGUUGGGUGUCCUUGUGCAGUGUCUAACUUGUUGGCGUGUCCCAGCCUUUGAGGAGUUAUGAAAACAUGAAAAGACCACGUACCAGUCAUUGCAUGCUGGGAGGCGUUAGUUGUCAAAAAUAUGAUCUAUAUUUAUAAUUCUAUAGCUUUUAAAAUUUUAUUUAUAUAAAACUUUAAAAGCUAUAAAAGUAGAAAUACCAUUCUAUAUUUUGCAUUAUGGUAUAUCCAUUCAAUGAAACUUUCUGUUGGCCAUUAAAAUAAUAAAUUCUUCUGAAGAACAUAAAUGGAAAGGUAAGCAACUCACCAUCAUUUUAUCCAGGAAAAAAGCAGGAUAUCAAAUUCUGUAAAUAAUAUAAUCAUAUUUUUAUAUGUUUAUAUUUUUGUAUGCUUAGGAAAAAAUAUAGGAAAGAAACACACCAGAAUAUUGCCAGUAGGUACCUCUAUGUGGUAGGAUUACAGGUGUCUUUAUUUUCUUUUCCACGCUUUUCUUUAUCUCCGAACUAUUCUAUAAUGAGCAUGAUUCAUUUUUUUGGCCAGGAAAAAUUCUUUAAAUUUAUAUGAAGAAUAUAUUCCUACAUAACAAGUUCCGCAAAGUUGCAUUUAUAUAGGCUGCUGUCCAUGUUUCUAUCCUCACUGCUUUACUCAGAGGAAAUAUGGUAAACCAAACCUUCUGCAUAGCCUGUGUCCAAAGCACCUUGUACCACACACCCACUACCCAUUUCACUAGGAUUUCUGUGGGGAGGAGUAGGGGAAAAAAAUGUCUUAUGUAUUUAAGAUAUGUAUUUAAAAUACGCUUCAGUAUGCUUUUUGAAAGUAUUUUAAGAAUUGUUUAAACUAAAAAAAAAACUUUGUAACUUAAAUGUACACUGGUUUGGUUGCCAUAUUGCUUUUAUUUAGUGUAUUGUCAUCUUCUAUUUAUCUAGAAUCUUAAUAGGUUUAUAGUUGUGAAGAAAUUCUGAUGAAAAGUACAGUUAAGAGCAAAAUGUUGGUAAUUAUUAGCAAGUAUAUACUGCUUUGAACUUACAAACUUUUAUAUCAAGCAUAUGAGGUCACACACAAAUAUAUUUCAAGUAUCCACAUAUUUUAAU